CCUGAUCGGUUAACCUUGGAGCAAAGAUGACUGCGGUCGCGUGCGUCCUCUCAGGUGGAGGGCUGCGGCUCGCAUAUAACCGAAGAGACAUAGCGACAGAAGAUUAUAAUAUUUGCAGUAUGUCAAACAUUUAGUUGGCGUCAGUGUGUUCGGGGCAAGAGAGGCAGUGCCCCAUCCGAUGCUGCAGAUGAGGCUAUUUUCGGGAUUGUGGAUCACGCUGGUCAAAAAUGAAUUCUGCCAAAUGGCUGCCACUCAGGAUGCGAAAGGCAAGGGCGAGGGCGGCGACCAGAACUUCGACUACAUGUUCAAGCUGCUGAUCAUCGGCAACAGCAGCGUGGGAAAGACGUCCUUCCUGUUCCGCUACGCCGACGACGCCUUCACCUCGGCCUUCGUCAGCACGGUGGGCAUCGACUUCAAGGUGAAGACGGUGUACAAAAACGACAAGCGGAUCAAGCUGCAGAUAUGGGACACAGCAGGCCAGGAGCGUUACAGGACCAUCACCACGGCCUAUUACCGCGGUGCCAUGGGCUUCAUCCUGAUGUAUGACAUCACCAACGAGGAAUCUUUUGGCGCCGUACAGGACUGGUCGACCCAGAUAAAAACAUACUCGUGGGAUAAUGCGCAAGUGGUUCUGGCCGGUAAUAAGUGUGAUAUGGAAGAGGAACGAGUGGUGUCGGUGGAUAGCGGCAGGCUGUUGGCGGAACAGCUGGGCUUUGAGUUCUUCGAGACCAGCGCCAAAGACAACAUCAACGUCAAGCAGACCUUCGAGCGCCUCGUGGACCUGAUUUGCGACAAGAUGUCCGACAGUUUGGACGGCGACCCGGCCGUCACAGCCGGAGCGCCCACCGCCAAACUGACAGACAGUGCUCCGCCGCUCCAGCAGCCCGCCUGCAACUGUUAGUUCGACUCCCCCGUAACGUGUUUUUUGUCGUCCCGGCGUCCCCGAACGCCUCUCCCCUCACCAUCUGGACCGUUUAGUGGUACACGUAGUUACUCAAAUGCUGUCGUACUAGCGCCUAACCUUCGUCUCCUUCUAACGCGAGCAAAUAAGAAGUGACAGGAUGUGCACUUAGAGACACUGUCAAUAACCUCCAUGUUUGUAGUCCACUUCAUUGUAAAGCAUCCAAACGAAACCUAAAACCUUAGUGAUUAUGUUGUGUAACUUUUAUUCAAAGGAGACAUAUUAUGCAAACGUUUUCACAAUCUUAAACAGUUCCCGGCUGCCUUAGUGAAUUAAUCUCAGACGUCCCUCUGUCAAAAUACACACAGAAAUACAGCACACUCUGCAUCACUGAAUACCGUAUUUAAUUUCAGUUUUGGGAAGGGCGGUCCUCUCUUAUUUAUGCCUUUCGUUACCGUCGUGAUGACCGGCGGUGAGCUGCGAUUCAGUGUUGCCGAUUUAUCAAAUUUCUUGCUACAAUUAGUGAAUUUUCAGACCCCUUUACGGACGAUGUCAAUCGACUGUUUUCGACUGACGUCACGCACCUUCAGGUUGAGAACGCGUUCGCCAUUUUGGUUUGGUGAAUUCAAGUAAACAAACCGUAACUAAGCAGGAGUAAUUUCAGAAAGGCGUACAAACGGGGCCGCACUGCUAUGUUAUCGGUUGCUCAAACGAAAGCGGGCGCUGUAAAGCGUCUUUCUUUCGACUGCUGGUUGCGAUCGAGAACCAGUAUGAGAAAAAAUGAGCAGUCAGCAACCAAACGGCAACAACUGUGGCUGUCUCGUAUUAACAGAGCCGAUCUAGCAGCCAAGUCAUUCCCUUAUGUCCGAGUUUGCUCAAAGUAUUUUGUUUUGGGUAAGUACUGGAUACCUUUGAGAAUUUCCCACCUACUUAGCAAAAACUAAGUUCUGUGAAGGAGAAGUAUUCUUUAGAGCCAAGGACCUACAUAAUACCCAUGUGUGAAUGCAAUGCAUGUCUCCAAAAUCUCCAUUUUCUGUUUUAUUAUCAUAAGUUUGCAAAAACUAGUUACUGCGCUGCUAUAUGUUUUUUGUGAGUUGAGUUAAAAAUGUAGCCGUGGAAGUGGAGAAAAAGGUGCGGUCCCGGUCGAACCUCUCUCGGUAACAAAAACGAAAAUAAUAAUCUACACCUCUUUCGUUGGUAUAAUCAACAUACUUUAACACAACGCUGACUGUAAUCACGUGGUACAUAUUUAAAUUGCAUUGUGCGGUACACUAACCUUAGCAGUGUGGAGACACAGGUUGCUUACCGCCGCAUGACGAACUCAGCCAUUGAUGAAUUGCUUGUAGGCCUCCAGGCCUUUGUAAUUCUUUACUUGGUCCACGGUAUAAGCGCUUGUCGAAAAAAGGAGAUAGUUGACGAUGUUCGGAUAGGUUACCGACGCCCACAGCUCGAAAUUCUUGCUCCAUUUGUGUUUCUCCAAGGCAUAUGGGUCGAUAUUGGCGAUCAAAGCGCGCUUCUUGUCGUAACGGUUUCCUGAAACGACAUGUAAUGAGCCCCGAUAACUUUCCAAAGUCUUUUUUAGCCAUCAUGCAUCACUUUUAACAGUCUUACGAACAUUUGUGUAAAACAGGCUGUAUGCAAAAGGCGCGUUAGUAGAGUGAACCCAUCCAACAUGGCCACGUGCCCUGGAUGUAGUCACGUGGUCGAAAACAGUCUAUUAAAAAAAACAACAACAAAAGCAGCUAGCAAAGUUUCAAGUGGAUUUUCACCUGUGAAGUGAGGACUUCAUCGACCUCAUGCUAAUUUCAACUCCAGAUUUUUACAUUUUAUUUUUAAGGCUAUCAUAAUGACCAGGGGCGGAGCUUGGCCAUUGCAACAGCUACUGAUAAUGGUGAAUAAUAACAAUGAAGAUUUGAUUGCAUUUUCUCUCACGGAGGCAGCACUCGACCGCCAAGCCUCGGAAUUCCACUUCCGUCGUCACUCUCAUUAAAGGUCAACGACGAAAUGGAACAUUCAAGUAUGCGCUAGUUACGAGAAGCUAACGUUGCUAAUGAUGUUAACGUCUUUCAAAAUGGGGUUUCAGUGAAAUCUCCAUAAUAUGUCCCCUUUAAAUAUUAGGCUGCCAAAUAGGACGCUCCUGGUGGAGCUGGUGUGGGUGUGUAAAUGAAUUUUCGGGGGAUUUUAAGAUGUUUAAAGAAAAAAAAAGUGGCCUUUUAGCAUCUCCACCACGGCCUCUGUGCUGUUUUUAUAUUUUUUUUUUCGCGUCGUCGUCCGGCGAGGCCGUUUUACACGAACUUUAGCAUGGCACUGAAAGAAAAAAAAAAAGUUUAAAAAGACAAGACGUGCGUCGGUGAUUUUUGAUCUCACAUAUGUGACACAGCACAGGAAUUAAGUGUACUCCAUAAACUCGCAUAGAUGGAGUGUUGAGGAAAAGUGACAGCCAUAAGUUUCCUUCGGGAGUCAGCACGCUAAUGGAGCAACAGCUCCGACUAGUGGGUGCAGAGGGCACUGCAAAAGCGAGCUGCAUCUCGCGCUCGAGCUCAUUUGAAUACCCUGAAGGCCUUUUUGGUUCUGUUGUAACACUUGCAAUCAAGAAAUAUUUGUGCCAAAAGAAAAAAAAAAGUAUUAAAAAAAACACUCUCCCUUUAGCUUCGUUUAUUUGUCGUGUAGCAAACGAAAUAACAGCAGGAAAAUGCAUGACCUUGAAAGUAGAUUUAUAUAUCCCAGUAUAAAUAAAAUAAAUGUGUAUAUACGAAUAUAUAUUAAUGCUAUGUUAACAAACUUCGAAGAAAAAAAAAAUGCACGCUCGCGGCGCCCGCCGUGACGCGCAAAUGGGCCAAUAAGUGCAAUAUUUUAUGACUUUAAAAAGCCUGUAAAUAGUCUCUCCGUCACUACGACUGCAGUGUGUGCGCGCGUCUGUGUUUGCCAUAUUGUUUAUGUAAACAUUUUUUUGUAAGAAAAAAAAAAGAGAUGGUGUCCCCGUUACAUGUCGAUUGUGUAAAACUGCAGUGUUGCCCAAAAAGGGAUCAACUUGUGUGUAUGUGUGUGUGUGCGUGUGAUAUUAUUUGCAUUUGAUGCCAUGACUAGUCAUGAAAAAAAAGAUAAAUAUUGAUCUUGAGUGAUUUGCAUAAUAGCGAGUGGAUAUGCGAGAAGGUUGUGAUUGAGAUGGGAACUAGGAAAUAAAAUCAA